CUGGACUCCAAAACCAAAAGGGAUUUGACUUGUGGUGAGGAAAGACGCCCUGCAGGCCAGGGGUUUCAGUGGCCUUCCUGUGGGAUUCUAUCGACUGAGUUAUAUUUUUCUAUUCUUCACAGACCUGCUGCUGGCAGCGCAGGUGUAACUACCAGGUUAGGACUUCCUGAGGAAGCUGUGAACUCAGAGAAACAGGAUUCACUCUGAAGACUCAGAUCCCAUUGACAGGACCCACUGACACGACCUACUGACACCAGGAUCCACUGACCCCAGGAUCCACUGACACCAGUACCCACUGACCCCAGUACCCACUGAUCCCAGGAUCCACUGACACCAGGAUCCACUGAUCCCGGGAUCCACUGACACCAGGAUCCACUGACACGAGGAUCCACUGACCCCAGGAUCCACUGACACCAGUACCCACUGUCACCAGGAUCCACUGACACCAGUACCUACUGUCACCAGGAACCACUGACACCAGUACACACUGACACCAGGAUCCACUGACACGAGUACCCACUGACACCAGAUCUCACUGACCAUACCCAUGGCCAUGCACCAGCAGGCAGCUGUCUCCAAGCAGCAGGACAACAUCUUCUCCAGCGGGGUCAUGGAGGAGUCUGAGGUCUGCUCCGUGCCUGGGGGGCUCGCCAGCAUCAGGGCACAAUUCGAGACCCAGGAAACUGCAACAUCGCACAAUGUCACCCAGUUCCACUUCCACCACAGAGCUGUGCAGGAAGUGGAAUUGAACUCUGAGGUGACAAUGAGGAGCAGUUCCAGGGAAGUCAUCCCAGCCUCUCAGCGGGAUAUUUUGCAUCAGGAUGAACAGGUCACACAUGAAGAAAACUUGGCCUCCAGUUAUGAAAACAACCAUAACAAUGAAGCAGAGGAGGAAGGUCCUAGACUUACAACCAAGGAAUUGAGAGAUCACUUUGAGAGAACCAUUGAAGAAGCUGCCCCAAGCAAACCAAUGAAGAUUGGCCGAGCUGACAUCAAUAGGUCUCAGUGGGCCUCAAAUGUAUCACAAAAACAAGUCUCAACAAGUGAGAUACAACAUUUCUCAUCAAGUAAUAUACAGAAUUUCUCAUCAAGUGAGAUACAUAAUGUCUCAUCAAGUGAGAUAUGGGAAGAUUCUGCUACUGAAGCGAUAGAGGACACAUCUCCUGUUGCUAUUGACUACGAGAAUCCAGAAUGUUUCCCUCCGUCACCUCCAGAAGACUUAGAGUACUUCCCACCUCCCCCACCAGACUUACUGCAGGUCCCAUCAGAAAGUCCAGAUAUGCCAGUAGAGUGCUACUACUCACCUGAGCCUCCGGAAUCAGCUUACCCCUCUAAACAUCCACUCAGUAAACAGGAAUACUUCAAGCAGAGAAACCAGUAUGAGUUGAAGCGCCUUUACAAGCAUAUCCAUCCUGAGGUUCGUAAAAACAUAGAGAUGUAUAGUGAUGCGGCUGUGUAUGAGAACACCCGACAGGGGAGUCAGGAGGAGUUCACAGGGGAGACGAGGUAUGUAUACGAGGAUAACGGUAGCAGCCCCAACGACUGCAUUAGCCCAGAAGAAGAAUACCUGGAAUGGGAUGAGAUCCUCAAAGGGGAGGUGCAGUCAAUGCGCUGGAUGUUUGAGAACAAACCUCUGGAUGCCAUCAAAGACGACGCCUCAAAUGAGGAUGACGACCAAAACAUGGAACAGGAGAUGAUUGUUGGGAGUGAUGUAAGAAGCAAAACAUGGAUGUUUGAGACCAAGCCCAUGGAUGCAUUGGGAUCAGACAACAUAGCUUCAACUAAAUAUAGAAACCGAUUCAAUAAGUUGGACAAAGGAGAUGUCCGUGCUGCAGCCUGGUUGUUUGAAAACCAGCCCAUGGAGACCCUGAACAAAAUGCAUGGCGAUGAAGAGCUAACCAAAGAGAUAGUAUUUACCCAGGAAGAUGGCAGCUCUACCAUAUACAUGCUUGAAUCUCAGUACAUGGAAACUUUAGGCCAUACUGAGACCAUUGAUGACAGUCACCUCCUGAGUCUGAGGUCAGUGCUUGAGGAUAUAAAGGGAGAAGUGAAGACGAUCACAAGCACAUUUGAGACUCAGUUUAUGUGCGUCCUCAUGGGACAGUCAGGCCAGAUGUUGGAGAUAACAUCUAUACGCAAAGUGGAAACUGAGAAGGCGGAAACUAAAACAUCAACCUGGCUUUUUGAUACCCAAGCCCUGGACAUGACUAAUAGACUCCCUUCCCCAGUGAAACUUGUAUGUAGCCUGUCCAUGGAAGACAACUACAAAGGAGAUGUUUACAGGGGUAGAUGGUUGUUUGAGACAAAGACCUUAGACUCCAUUAACGAAGAUGAAUGGGAAAGCUCAACGGUGCAAAAGGAAGAGAUAAUCGGAGCUGAUGUCCGAAAACAUUGCUUAGUGUUUGAAACUCAGCCAAUGGAUUCUCUGAAAGAUGAUUCAAAUGCUAGACCCCUGACUAUCGAAGAAGUUAUUGGUGGUAAUGUUAGAUCUGCAAGAAACUUCUUUGAGACUAGUCCCAAGGCAGCUUUGAAGGAUCUCAAUGAGGUAGGGAGGCUCAAAAAGGUAGUGGCAGCUGAAGAAGAGAAGGGUGAUGUAAGACACCAAAAAUGGAUGUUUGAGAAUGAACAACUAGAGAACAUAAGAGAUGAGAAGAAGGAGAUUAUUCGUACUGUGAACAUCGAAAAUCUGACUGAAGAGGAAGGUACAAGCUACAAUGCAGAUGUCCGUAAGAAUUGCAUGGCAUUUGAGACUCAGCCAAUGGAUACUUUGAAAGAUGAUUCAAAUGCUAGAGCCUUUUCUAAGACGGAAAUUGUCAGAGGUAAUGUCAGAUCAGCGAGACAUUACUUUGAAACUGCUCCAGCUGAUAAUUUAAAAGACCUUACUGAGGUUGGGAAACUACAAAAAAUGGUGAGACUUGAUGAAGAGAAGGGGGAUGUGAGACAUCAGAAGUGGGUUUUCGAAAGUCAACCCCUGGAGCACAUUCAAGAAGAAAAGAAGGAAGUUGUUCGAACCAUUAACCUGGAGGAAAUCGAUAAAGUGGAUGUCUCAAACUACAAGCAAAUAUUUGAAACCACAGACUUAACCAGAUGGGAUGAAUCUCAAAAGAUACUCGUGGAGGGUGUAACAUGUGGCUCUGUGAAAUCUAACAAACAUCUGUUUGAGUCUACACCAAUGUACGCCAUGCAAGACAGCUCUGGCCAUUACCAUGAGGUAAAAACAGUGCAUCGGGAAGAGGUUGUCAAGGGAGACGUAACAAGCUGCAAAUGGAUGUUUGAAACAUGCCCCAUUGACCAGUUCGAUGAAAGUAUCACUAAUUACCAAAUUAUUAAAGGAAUAUCCAAAGAAGUUGAGUCCGGUGAUGUUAAAACUGCCAAGUGGCUGUUUGAAACACAGCCUCUUGAUGCAAUUAAAUACUUCAGCAAUAUUGAGGAUGAGGAAACUACAACUAAGGAAAGUGUUGAGAUUGUAAAAGGUGAUGUUAAAACCGGUAAGUGGUUAUUUGAGACUAAACUAAUGAAUGUCCCAUACGAGAAGGAUGAGUUGAAGAGUGAAAAUGAGAGUGAGGAGAUACACAAAGGAGAUGUAAAAACCUGCACAUGGUUGUUUGAGACACAGGCACUUGACACUAUCCGAGAUGAGACUGAAACUGUUCUACAAACAUGCACAGUAAAUCAAGAAGAUGUCCAGGGCAAAGAUGUACGAAUGGCUCGUUUUCUAUUUGAGACAGAGAAUCUUGAGAACAUCACAGGGGAGGAUGAAAGCUUUAAGAGGGUUACUGAGAUAGACAUUCAGUCAGGAGAUGUGAAUAGAAUGAAGUAUAUAUUUGAGAACCAGUCCUCUGAUAUCAUGACCUCAACAUCUGAAGAGGUUAUGCAAAUGCUCAAAACUACACAAUCAGAGGACAUCCAGAAAGGAAAUGUGGUGAACUGCAAAUGGCUCUUUGAGAACCAGUCUAUAGAUGCCAUACAUGAUACCCAAGAAGAGGCUCUGGAGACCCGCACUGUGAUGGAUGUACAAGGAGGUAAUGUGGACAAAGGCCGUUUCAUUUUUGAGACCUACUCCUUGGACAAAAUCCAGGAGGUGUCCUCGGAGACAGAGACCGAUAUUACAAAGUUGCAGAAAAUCACCUGUGAGGAGGAAGAGAAAGGGGAUGUAAGGAACUAUACCAUGAUGUUUGAAACUCAGCCUCUUUAUGCCAUUCAAGACAAAGAGGGUCAUUAUCAUGAGGUCACCACUGUCACAAGCGAGGAGAUAUUGAAGGGUGAUGUGAUCGGGUCCCGGUGGUUGUUUGAAACUAAGCCUCUUGAUUCUAUCAGGGAUACAGAUGAGGUCUAUAUAAUCAAAUCUGUCACACAGGAGGAUGUUCAGAAAGGAGAUGUUACUUCAGCCAAGUGGAGAUUUGAAACACAGCCUCUUGAUAAGAUUGCAGAGGACAUUAAAGUUUCAGUUAAAACCGUUGAAGAUAUUCAAGGAGGAGAUGUUAGAAUGAAUAAACAGCGUUUUGAAUCAGAUGAGCUGUCACAGAAGUCUGUGCGAACAGUUAAUGUGAGUGAAAUCCAAAAAGGUGAUGUCAGGACAGCAAAAUGGAUGUUUGAAACUCAAACAAUGGAUAAAAUACGUAGCCAGAGUGAAGAGAAUUUAAUAGAAACCGUCAUGAAAGAGGAGGUCGUAAAGGGAGAUGUUAGACAAUCAGUGUGGCUCUUCGAACAGAAUCCCCUUGACCAUAUAAAGGAGAUAGAUGAGGAUGAUAUAGUAGUUGUUCAAGAGGAGAUCCCCAAAGCCGAUGUAAAGACAACAACAUGGCUGUUUGAAACAACUCCGUUCCAUAACUUUAAUGAGAACCGUGUUGAGAAGUCGGUAAUCCUGGGUAAAAGUAUCAAAGGAACCCUUGAGGAACUUUAUAGCCAGAAAAUUGUUAAUUCAAAAGGAAUACUCAUUGAAGCAGAUGAAAUUGGAGACAUAAGAAUGGCGAAAUACCAGCUAAUGAAUAAGGAUUCUCCAGAGAUCCAAAGAGAGGAAAUCAUCAGCGGGGAUCUGAACAACAUUAUGAUGAAUCUUUUGAACCGUCAGGAAACAAUUGAGAGGGGAGUAGUGGUAGAGUCAGAAGAGAAGGGUAAUAUCAGUACAACAAUGCAUCAAUUGUUCAACCAAGAGAGGGACGUCAAUGUGGAAAAGGAGGAAAUAUUAAGAGGUGACAUCCAGGAAGCUGUAAACAAUCUUCUCAAGGAGGGAGGAUCUGCUAAACGUGGUAUACUCCUUCAAGAGGAUGAGAAGGGAGAUGUGCGAAUGACUAUAUAUUCUCUUCUAAAUAAACAAGAGGACAUCAGUGUUGAAAAAGAGGAUAUAAUCAAAGGCAAUAUAAGGAAUGCUCUCCAAAGACUAUCCAACCCAGAAAACCAAGAGCAGAUGAGGAUAAAGGUGGAUGAGACAGAAAAGGGAAACGUAAACUUUUACUCCACAUGCAUUGAAUCUGGGGCACUUGACUAUCUCAAACAACUACAGGUAGAGCCAGAUGAGACUCCACCUGAAAAGAUAGAGAAAGAGGAGAUUAUUAGAGGGGAUAUAAAGGGGACAAAACUCAUUCUUGGCAGUAAUCGAGCACAAAUUGAGCGUACAGUAGUUGAAGAGGACAUAGUGCGUGGAGAUGUUCGCAACUCAGUCAAGGCUUUCAUGAGUGAACCCACAAUCUCACUGGAUGGCCUACAAAAAGAGGAAAUUGUGAGGGGUGAUUUGAAAGCAGCUAUGAACUCCCUGUCUCAGUCUGUAAAUCAGACAGUGGUUGUAGAGAAAGAGGAGGUGGUGAGAGGUAACAUACACAAAACUAGAAGGCACCUUGAGUGGGCCCAAAGACAGCCCAAAGAGGUGGAAAGGCCAGAGAUUGUCCACGGCAACAUCAAAGGGGCACGGAAGUCCCUAGAGAAAUCUGCAACCUCCAAAGUUGAAGUUGGCAUCGAAGAUUUAAUUCCUGGAGACAUCAAAGGUACCUUAAAAUCCCUGGAGCAGGCAAAGCAAACAGUCAGGGUGAUCGAGAAGGAAGAGAUUGUAAAGGGUAACAUUCAUACAGCCAAGCAGUGUUUACAAGAUGCUUCUAAUGACAGAAGGACAUGUCAACAGGAAAUAGAUGUUCAGGGAAAUGUGAGAGGCACUAUUGAGCUCUUAUUGGAACCACCAGCUUCUCCAAGAAUGACCCGGAGGCCCAGCUUCGAGGGUGAUGUGAAAAUGUCCAUUAAGUCACUCUACGAGACACAUGAGGUGCAUGAGACGGGGGAGGAACAAACUCAACCAGAGAAAGAGGAGGUGAUAAAGGGUGAUGUUAAAGGCACAAUCAAAUCCUUGCUGGAAUCAGCUCAGCGUGCCUCUCCUAAAAUCAGAGUGGGAGCUAGAAGGGUCAAAGUCCCUGUGAGAUCUCCAUUGCGCUCACAGCAAGGAAGCCCUCUAUUACGUUCACAGCAAGGUAGCCCUGAAUGUUCUGUUGUAACCAAAACUGAGAGUGAGACACUUAAAAAUAAGUCUCAAAGCAAUGAAGCACAGAGAAACAUACAAAAAAUUAAGACAGCUAAUUCGGCGAAAACUGAGAGCUCAACACAAGAGAAUCAAUCCCUCUCAACUCAAACCACAAUCAAUGCAUCUAAAUCACAGACUACUCAACAAUCAAAGACAGUAAUGCAACACACAACCAUCACUCAAAACCAUGGCAUUAAAACUUUGGAGACUAAGUUCCGUAACCUCAAUUCAAGUCGAAAGGGUAUGAUCAGACUAGAUAAAACCAAAGUAAAAACAAAUGUUCAAACCCCAACACGGACAUUGUCUGAGUCUGAACUUUCUCUCCCUCCCCCACCUCCACCAUGUGACGAUCAAUCAUCCCUAACCCAGCCCUCCUCUAUCCAUAGGCUGGACUUGGACUUUCCUCCUCCCCCAACUCCUCCUCCCCCACCACCUGUUGACUCUGAGCCUGAUCAUUUCCCUCCACCACCACUGGAUUUCCUUCCACCCCCACCCUCACAGCAUGAACUGGACUCUAUGCCAUCCCAGACAACUCAUCCAUCACCAGCAAAAGCCACAAAAAUGACGGUCAAAAAGGUGAAAGGUCCUGCAUUGCACCAAGUCUCGAAACUUGAGCCAACCGGUCAGAUUCAGAAAAUUCAACAGGCAACCUCGGAGAAACAUACAACCACAGUCAACAAAUCUGUGUUGGAAAUCAGCAAAACUCAAAGUGAAUUAACAUCCUUUUCAUCAAAAACUGUUUUGUCUGAAAUCCCAAAACCCCCAGAAUCACCACGACCAUUAAAGAAAGUUUACGUCGCCCCUAUAAGAUUUACUCCUCCACCUUCUCCUCCUCCCUUCAUGAGAUCCACUAAAUUCAAAACUCCAUUAAUAAAGGCAGAGGAAAAGUACAGAAAACAGAAAGUGGGUAGUACACCCCCUGCUACACCGAGUCCCAUUUUCAUGCAUGAGUCAGUCACUGCUGCCCUUGAAAUGCUUUCCUCUGAGGAGACAGGUAUGAAGCAAUCAAAAAAGAGCAUGACAUUUGGUUUCACUCAAGAGAUGGCUGAAAAGACUGUGACCAAUGUCAAGCCAGACACACUAUCAUCUGAUUUAUUCAAGCACGCCCAAAUUUCAGAUACUCCUUCAAGCACGACUUUGAUCUCUGCUGUAUAUGGGCAAAAUCGCCCUGAAUCUGCUGUUAUUUCUGCAACUAAACAGCAUAUUGUCUCUAAUCAGACAUCCAAAGUCGUCUCCGUUCAGCACCAGACCACAUCUAUUUCCUCCACAAAGCAACAGACAGUUAACGCAACUAAACAACAGGUAACUUCAGCAUCCGCCAAGCAGCCACACUCUGCUGUAAGUAUCUCUCAAGUCCAGAGCUCAACCAGUGAUGAUAGAAAAGUUGAAGAUACAAAAACAGACAUCAAGAAGGAUGUACAAAAUAAAGGUUCCCAUAAAUCUGAGGAGAAAAAGAACAAGGAAAAUUCUGCAUCCCAAGUUCCCGAGAAGGUUUCUGACCAGCCUACCGAAACAGUAAAGGUAACCCAAGAAACAAAUGUCAAAGCAGUGAAAUCACCCUCGGAAGACAAAAAGAAAGAUGACAUUUCUGUAUCACAAGCACCUGAGAAGGUUCCUAGUCAGCCUAUCAAAGUAGAAAAGUUAUCCACAGAAACUAAUGUCAAAACAGGUAAAAAGAAGAAGGCCAAAGGGCCAGAAAAGCAAGUAGAAGUAAAAGACACAAAACAGCCAGAUGAAACUAAGAUGGAAAACAUUUCACAGGUGAAGGUGGAAGUAAAGGAAGUCACUAAGUUGAAGGUUUCUAGUGAGCAAACACAUGCCCAGACUGACGUCAAGGUCAAGGAGGACAGUCAGAAAGCUCCUGCUAUUAAAGACAACCAACCAGCAACUCCAACUUCUGCAAGAAAGAAGAAGAAGAAGAAGUCAAAAGCUAAAGCUGCAGCUUCCACCGCAGAAUCAACUAAAUCUGUUUCUGAAAGUUCCACUCAAAGUCAGGAGAUCACUGUAGCGCAGACACAAAAUGCCCAUCAAGAGGAGCAGAUCCAGGUCCAUAAGGAAGUUAUUAUCACUGAAAGAAAAGUUGAAAGAAAAGUUCAUCAAAGUCUCCAGCAACAAGGAACAGUUGAAGUCGAAAAGCAGGUCAAGGCAUCUCAAAAGAAGAAAGAGUUGACAGUAAGCCAACAGAUUCAAGAGAAACCAAAGGCGGAGUACAGAAAUGUUCCAGUGAAAGUGGAAAGUGGAAAAAUGACAAGCAUGUCAGCACAAAAGGAACCUGCGAAGCCCUCAACAGAGAGCACUGAGGAUUCUCUAAGACGAGAACAUGUACAGAAGUUAAUCUCACAUAUAACAGAGUUAGAGGGAGCUUCAGGAAAAAUAGAUCCUAAAUCUGUGAAGACACUGCUCAAUACUAUUCCAGAGUGGCUCAUUGGUCCUGAGGAAAAUAUUUAUUUGGAGGGAACUGCAGUUGAGCAUAAUAUACAAAAGCUUACAGAAAUUGUUUCAUAUGUGAAAAAACUAGCAAAGGCAAAGUUGAUGUGUUUAGAGGGGAUCCACACUAAUCUGGAGAAGCAUGAGUGUGAACCUACUUCUGAAAAGAUCAUUGUUGGUGGUGCAACUCAAAGAAUACAUCCUAUAAGUAUUGGCUCUUUGAAAGUUGAAAAUCAAAAGAAAGUUGUGGAAAGCAAAAAGACAUCACAUGAAAGCAAAAUGCAAGAGUUGAGUGUAAAAUCUAUGCGCUCACCCUCACCCUUACUAAGGAUGCGCUCACCCUCACCCACCUUUAUUACCAUUGAAUCUACCCGGAGAACUGACUCUCCUCAGAGAAUAACCCCAUCACCUAUCCCAAUGCACAGACCAGCCACUCCCCCAACACCUCCCCCUCGCAAAUCGGAAACUCCUACAUCACGCAUCAAUAGAGCCACACCCUCUCCCACCUUCUCUAGAGCAGAGAACUUGGCGCGGCUAAAAGAUACUACAGCCAAACUUUCCCGUGGUGUGACACCACCUCCAGUUCCACUUCCUAUGCAAGUCACAGAAAGGAAAUCUGAGAUUGUGGAAUCCCCUGCAUCAUUCCAUCGGCAGAUCAAAAUUGAGGGACAAGCUGAGGGAACUUCAGAAGUUUCAGGCACAACAAUUGUCACUGCCAAAAAACACGAAAAAGAAUUUUCUGAAGAUGCUCAAAAGGCUGAUGUAAAGGUCACAGAUACAGAGUCAUUCCAUCAAACGGAUAAAGAAGUCAUGGAAGCUUCUGAAAAGUCAGACUCGUCAAUGGUGACUACGUCAGUGACAAACAAGAGGGAGUUUUUUGAAGAUGCUCAAAAAGCUAAAGUAAAUAAGACCAAUGUGCGAAAAGAUCCCAUCGACAUCCCAGAGCACUUGGGCCCAGACAUGGAGGAGCCCAAAACAACAAACCAAGAGAGUAAGGAUGACACACAAAGCACAUCUGAGAAGGUCACAGAGAACAAUGCUGAAAUAGUGGGAUCUGCAAAGUCAACUGAUAAAGAAUUGAUGGAAGCUUCAGAAAUGUCAGACUCAUCAGCAGCAACUACAUCAGUGAGAGACAAGAGAGAGUUUUUUGAAGAGGCUCAUAAAGCUAAAGUAAAUAAGACGUAUGUGCGAAAGGAUCCCAUUGAUAUCCCUGAGCGCUUGGGUCCAGACAUGGAGGAACUCGAACCAGGAAACCAAGAGAACGAGAAGGAGGACCUUCCAAAGGUGGACUUGUCAGGAUUAGUCAACAAAUUUGAAACAGCCGAAGAUAAAGUCUAUGUCAGGAAGCCUAUCACAAUGAGAGAAAGACUUGGGAGUGAGACGGAAUAUACAGAGACUGACAUAGAAAAUACAGAAACCCAAGAAGAGGAAAUGCCAACUUUUGACAUCAAGGCUAUUAAAAAUGUUUUUGAAAUGGUUGAGCAAAGUCCCUCUUUCAAAGGGGAGAAAAAUAAACAGGAGGAGCUGGAGUCAAACCUGAGUGAAAACACAAGAGACAGUUCAAAGCAGGAUAACACCCAGGAGACACAGAGGGGCUCCGGGCAGAUCUCGCCCCUGCCUUCCCAGAAAGAAGUGCAAAUCAUGUCAGCAAACCCAACAGGCUUCUCUGAAACCAAGUCAGUCACAGAGCAUUUCUCAAGCUUAGAUGAAUUCGGCAACAAGACAAUUGGAUCACUGAGCAGCACAACUGUUUCCCAGCACUCAGAGAGCAUAACAACCCACAGUGCCCCUUUCUCAUAUGCUGACGUGGUUAAAAAAAAAAAAAAGUCUGAGAUGACGCUGUCUGAAUCCCCUGAAGAGGCUUCCACUGAAGAGUUGCUGAGGAAUUUCCACAAAACAUGGACGGAGAGUGAGAGUGUUUUCAAGAGUCUCGGCUACAGUGUUUCAGAGGAGAGAACAUCACAUGUUCUGUCACAUCAAACAAAGACCGUUGUUACUGACUCUAAUUCCCAAGUCGACACUUUGCACUGUGUGUCAGAGGAGGGUCUAUCUGAUGGAGGCUCUAAUAGCGGACAGAAAAUGUUUCCAUAAAUCCUGUUUCUGCUGCGAGCACUGCCAAAAUAAAUUAAGUCUUGGCAACUAUGUCUCUCUCCAUGGACAUCUGUUCUGUUUACCACACUACAAACAACUCUUCAAGUCCAAAGGGAACUACGAUAAUGGAUUUGGACAGACACUUACCAUUGAAAAGGAUGUCAGUGAAAGUGGCAGUCAUCACCUCAGAGCAACUUGAUUGGAGGUAUUCACAGAGCAGCAUAGGCUCACCUGAAAAGGACACCUUUGAAAAAUAAUUGAUGAAAUCAAUUGAUGAGAACAAACAAAAUAGUAAUAAGAUAUAUGUUGUGUGGCCUCCACAAGCCAACUCCCCACAGAAAGCCUUUAAAGUAGAAGAGGACAUAAAGCUAACUAAGCCACCAUGGCCUCUGCAGGACAAUUCCCCGAAGUCACCCAAACAACAACAUAGAAAAGCUAUUCCCAGGAGCUCUCUUUGAAAGAGAGCAUUCCCCCCACCAUGGCAGGUAGAAAAAGGCAUCAUGUAUGCCAGAGAAAACUGAAGAAACUUCAAGCAGUCGAUGGUAAGGCAACCUAUGAGGCCAAAGAGACAGUUGGAAUUGGGAAAAGUCUGAGACUGAAGGACAAAAGUACAAGUGCAGUAGACACAAAAGGAGAUGUGAAUGGUAGAAAUUGUGUAUAUAUGUGUAGCGUGUGAGAGUGGAAGAAGAUGGUUCGGAAAGUGCUAAGGGUCAGAGGGAAAGAUGAGUAGAAUGACAGAUGGAAACAUGGAAUGUUAUGCUUAGAAAUGGCGCAGGAGGCCUACCUCAUUGGUCUUUCAAGUUUGAUAAUUGAAUACAUUAGCUCUAUAUUUCACAUGGAAUUGAUUCACAUUAGUCAUGUUUAAUUGAUCUAUAAAAUAUAAUUAAACGGGUCUCACACAAAAUAUUUGCCUAAUAUCUUUAUAGUAUACUUUGAUUUGUUAAAUGUAUCUUGUUCAGUCAUCUAUCAAUUAGUUUAAGUUCAUGGAGAGAGUAUUGUAGUUUUCUAACACAGUCAUAAUUUUGUCUUGGCUUUUUCUUUCAACAUAUCAACAUUUUUAAAUUUACCUUUUUCUAGCACCUGGUGUGCAGCCUAGUAAAAAUGAUCUUGGAAAUAGUUUCUUUAUAAUAUAUAUGUAUAUAUAUAUAUAUAUAUAUAUAUAUAUAUAUAUAUAUAUAUAUAUAUAUAUAUAUAUAUAUAUAUAUAUAUAUACAGUAUAUAUCCUAUUAAUUGGUAUUAAUAAUGUUUGUUUUGGACAUUUGUAUCCUAUUUUGCAAUGCACAUUUGAUUUUUUAGAUUAGACUACCUUGCUUUGUACAAGAGAAUUCCUGAUUCUUUCAUCCUGUCAGGCUGGUUACUAAACAAUUCUUUCAAAUUUAUUGCUGAUCCAGGGGCAAUAAAAUUAUUGAAUUGGUCA